CAUGAUCGAAAGGUCGUGAUUCAAUUUCAAAUCUCCCAUUACUGUGACUAAUGGAUUUUUUUUUUUAAUUAUUCCCUAAAUUUUUGUCAAGUACUUCUCUUGGUUGCAAGGUGUGUUCGAACUCCAUGGCAGAGACAACUGAAGCCUAAGUUCGAAGGUCAAAGACCCGCCAAAGCAUGAGUACCGUUGUUGAUGGCUCAUUUCUCUCGCUUUUGGUCGAUAACAACUUCAUCUUUCCCAUUAAAAUCAUCCUGCAAGUUUCUACAAUUAUAUGCAUCUUCAACUUUCACCGCGACCCAAACAAUUCCAUCCACCAGGAAGACUUUCUCUCAUAUUUUCCAGGAAUGCUCGAACCGGAGAGCUCUUAGACCCGGUAAAGAAGCUCACGCUCACAUGAUUCUAUCUGGGUUCGAGCCCACUGUCUUUGUAACCAACUGUUUAAUCCAAAUGUACGUCAAAUGUUGCGCUUUGGAGUAUGCAUUUAAGGUGUUUGAAAAAAUGCCGCAGAGGGACAUCGUGUCUUGGAACACCAUGAUUUUUGGCUGUGCAGGGGCUGGGAAGAUGGCGGUUGCGCGGUCGGUGUUUGAUUCAAUGCCUCAUCAUUGUGAUGUGGUUUCAUGGAACUCUUUGAUUUCUGGGUACUUACAAAAUGGUGACGUACAGAAGUCAGUUGCUGUCUUUUUAAAUAUGAGAGAGAUGGGGGUUAUGUUCGACCAUACUACGCUAGCGGUUUCAUUAAAACUUUGCUCUGUGAUGGAAGAUCAUGUUCUGGGAAUUCAGAUUCAUGGUGUUGCAGUCCAGAUGGGUUUUGAUAAUGAUGUAGUAACAGGUUGUGCUCUAGUGGAUAUGUAUGCUAAAUGUAACAAAUUGGACGACUCGCUUGGAGUUUUCUCACAAUUGCCAGAUAAGAAUUGGAUUUCAUGGAGUGCUGCAAUUGCAGGCUGCGUUCAGAAUGAUCAGUUGAUUAGGGGCCUAAAGCUAUUCAAAGAAAUGCAGAGAAGGGGAAUUGGGGUGAGUCAGUCUACUUAUGCUAGUGUCUUCAGGUCUUGUGCAGGAUUAUCUGCCUCUAGAUUAGGUACUCAGUUGCAUUGCCAUUCACUAAAGGCUGACUUUGGAUCUGAUGUUGUUGUAGGAACUGCUACUAUGGAUAUGUAUGCUAAGUGUGACAACAUGGCUGAUGCCCACAAGCUAUUUAGCUUGUUACCAGACUAUAACUUGCAAUCUUUUAAUGCCAUGAUAAUUGGAUAUGCCCGAAAUGAGCAAGGGUUUCAAGCUUUAAAGCUAUUUCUUCGGUUGCAGAAGUCCGGUUUCAGUUUCGAUGAGAUAUCUCUUUCUGGUGCAUUAAGUGCAGCAGCUGUGAUCAAAGGGCUUUCUGAGGGGCUUCAACUACAUGGAUUAGCCAUCAAGUCUCAUUUAUCGUCAAAUAUUUGUGUUGCAAAUGCCAUCCUGGAUAUGUAUGGCAAGUGUGGAGCUUUAGUUGAGGCUUCUUGCAUGUUUGAUGAAAUGGAAAUAAGGGAUGCAGUGUCUUGGAAUGCUAUUAUUACAGCUUGUGAGCAGAACGAAAACGAUCGAGAAACGCUUUCACAUUUUGCUACAAUGCUAUGUUCAAAGAUGGAGCCUGAUGCGUUCACGUACGGGAGUGUUUUGAAAGCUUGUGCAGGUCAGCAAGUUUUCAGUACGGGCAUGGAGGUUCAUGGCAGAAUUAUUAAAUCUGGAAUGAGUCUGGACAUGUUUGUAGGAAGUGCUCUAGUUGACAUGUACUGCAAGUGUGGAUUGAUGGAAGAGGCAGAAAAGAUCCAUUACAGGCUGGAAGAACAAACAAUGGUUUCAUGGAAUGCAAUCAUUUCAGGGUUCUCACUGCAAAAGAAAAGUGAAGAUUCUCAGAGAUUUUUCUCUUAUAUGUUGGAAAUGGGUGUAGAACCUGACAAUUUUACCUAUGCAACAGUUCUCGAUACUUGUGCUAACUUGGCAACUAUUGGACUGGGAAAGCAAAUGCACGCUCAAAUUAUCAAGCUGGAAUUGCAAUCAGAUGUGUAUAUAACUAGCACUCUUGUUGAUAUGUAUUCGAAAUGCGGUAAUAUGCAUGAUUCUCUGCUUAUGUUUCAGAAAGCCCCCAAGCGGGAUUCAGUGACAUGGAAUGCCAUGAUCUGUGGAUGUGCCCACCACGGUCUUGGGGAAGAGGCCCUUGAGAUUUUCGAGCAUAUGCUCCUUCAGAAUAUAAAACCAAACCAUGCAACUUUUGUUUCGGUCCUCCGAGCUUGUUCGCACGUGGGAAAUGCAGAAAAGGGCCUCUGUUAUUUUCACAAAAUGACAAGUAUCUAUGCUUUAGAUGCUCAACUGGAGCAUUACUCGUGUAUGGUGGAUAUUCUAGGCAGAUCAGGCCAAGUAGGGGAGGCAUUAAAGCUCAUUCAGGAAAUGCCAUUUGAAGCAGAUGCAAUUAUAUGGAGAACUCUGCUUAGUAUCUGCAAAAUCCAGGGAAAUGUAGAAGUUGCAGAAAAGGCUGCUAGUUCACUUUUGCAAUUGGACCCAGAAGAUUCAGCUGCUUACACGCUUCUAUCAAAUAUCUAUGCCGAUGCAGGCAUGUGGGAACAAGUCUCUAAGAUGAGACAAACAAUGAGAUCUUACAAGUUGAAAAAGGAGCCAGGUUGCAGCUGGAUUGAGGUAAAGGAUGAAGUCCAUACAUUUCUUGUUUGUGAGAAAGCACAUCCCAGAUGCAAAGAGAUCUACGAGCUGCUUGAUCUGCUGACUUGUGAUAUGAGAAGGGCCGGAUAUGCGCCCGAUACAGAUACCAUACGGGUUGAGGAGGUAGAAGAAAGUUUGCAUCAAGAAGAGGUCAAAUCCUACGCCUUCUUUUAGUUUCACCGAUCAAAAUGAUGGCAAUGGAUUUUUAACCAUGAGCAUCAGCUGCCAAUGGAAUUUUAACUUCAGAGAUGAUCGGAUUUCUUGGAAGGCUUGUGAAAAGUUGUCUCCUCUGAAGAUGAAAUGGAAUCUAGAGCUUCCUUUUAAGUAAAGGGGGUGUGAAGAGCAAUCCAAAGUUGGAAAAGAAAGUAAAAUUUUUCUCUAGAGGUGGGAAGCAGACUCUCAAGUGGUGAUACAAACAAUCCCUUCAUACAAAAUGAAGCUACGAGGAAAUGUACAAACCAAAAAAGCAAGGUGGACUUAGAUUUAAAGAUUUCCUAGUAACUUGGGCAUUAAAAGACAACAUAUAUUUAAUUUCUUUAUUUUUAUUUAUUUAUUUAUUUUUAGUACAA